CCUGACCAGCUGAGGACGGGGUCUGUGCUCCUGUGUUGACACCAGGCCCCGAGGGACGUUGUUGUUCACCACUGUAAUGAAUGAACAGACCCGCAGUCACGUUUCUUUUUCCUGAAACCGAGCAGCGUUAGUCCUCAGCGGAGAGCGGCAGAAAGUGAACGCAGCUCGCGUAGUCAUGUGAUUGACAUCAGCUGAUCAGCAGGCGGAACCAAAGGAGAACAUGGUGGUUCUACUGAGCAGGUUACCCGUGGCGGACAGUCUAAAGCUGUGUCACAGGGUGGUGGAUGGACUGUGUGGGAGGCAGCCUCCUUGCAGGGGGGAUUACAGCGCCACCUGGAGCCUGGAGGAGUGGCUGGAGCUGCUCAGCUCCCUGACGGCCCUCUUCCGCCUGGCAGUGGGUAACAACAGCUCUGAUGAGGAGGUGACUGGCGGGCUGUCAGGCGUGGGCAGCGGCGGCCAUGCUGACACUGUGCUGAGUGUGCUGAGAGCCAGAGAGGAGGAGAUCCGCCGUGCUCUGCUGGACAGAACCAACUCCAUCUCCACCGCCACGCUGCAGGACUUCGACUGGCAGCUGAAGUUAGCUCUGUCCAGUGAUAAGAUCUCGUCCCUCCACACCCCUCUGCUCAGCCUCAGUCUGGACGUGAGAGAGGAUGGAGCUCUCCGUCCCGUCACCAUGGAGAUGAACCGAGACGAGCUAAACACUCUCAUCAAUUCACUAGAGGCUGCUAAUAAGGUGAUGCUGCAGUUGAAAUGAUGGAAGCUUGUGGACCACUAAUCCCCACUGGUCCCACUGAAGCCCAUGACCACAGGAAGUCCAGCCAGUGGAGUCAUGUGGUCAAAGAAGAGUUAAAGAGAUUCUCUCCUGUGCUUUUUUUUUUUUAUGUAGUAGACAGUUUUUCAGACUUGAUGAUGAUUAGCGAGCUGCAGUCAUGUCUCUGAGCAGCUGAACCUUCUCACUGUAUGUUUUUGUAAUGAACUGUGUUAAAGUAAAUGAUUCUUCGCUUUUUGA